AUGAUUUCCGCUAAGUUGCCUCUCAUUUUCGCUCUACUAUCUUCUGCUACUCUCAUCUCCGUUGCACCUUCUGUUCGUGCAGCUCGCCUACCAUCUUCAGUCCUUGUGAGAGGCGCCGGUGAAUUCUUGGAGCACAUAGGGAAGGAAAUCGCGAAUCAGUUGAGUGGGAGCAGAGAUUAUCCGAACGAAGGUGAUCAGUCCAACAGCACCCGGCGGGGCUUGUCGUCGACACCCGGCGGGGUGCAGGAGAAACAUGUCGAGCCUCAUGUGUUCCUGGGCAUUGGCACGCCGGCGAUGAACGUCACGCUAGUGUUCGACACCACCAGCGACCUCCUCUGGACACAGUGCCAGCCAUGCCUGAGCUGCGUCGCCCAGGCAGGCGACAUGUACGACCCGAACAAAACCGAAACCUACGCAAACCUGACCAGUAGUAGCUACAAUUACACAUACAGUAAACAAUCCUUCACCUCGGGUUACUUCGCCACGGAGACGUUCGCCCUGGGAAACGUUACCGUGGCAAACAUCACGUUCGGUUGCGGCACGCGCAACCAGGGCUACUACGACAACGUGGCCGGCGUCUUCGGCGUCGGCCGCGGCGGCCGCGGCGGCGUGUCUCUCCUCAACCAGCUUGGUAUCGACAGGUUCUCCUACUGCUUUUCGUCGAGCGGUGCACCCGGUUCCAGCGCCGUCUUCUUGGGCGGCUCCCCCGAGCUGGCCACAAAUGCAACCACCACCCCUGCGGCGUCCACUCCCAUGGUCGCCGACCCCGUGCUGAAGUCCGGCUACUUCGUCAAGCUCGUCGGCGUGACGGUGGGCGCGACGCUGGUCGACGUCGCCGGCGCGUCGUCGGCGGAGGGCGGUGGCCGCGCGCUCGUCAUCGACAGCACGUCGCCCGUCACCGUCCUCGACGAGGCGACGUACGGGCCGGUGAGGCGGGCGCUGGUCGCCCAGCUCGCGCCACUGAAGGAGGCCAACGCCAACGCCUCCGCGGGCGUCGGCCUCGACCUCUGCUUCGAGCUCGCGGCGGGCGGCGCGACGCCGACGCCGCCGAACGUGACGAUGACACUGCACUUCGACGGCGGCGCCGCCGACCUGGUGCUGCCCCCGGCGAGCUACCUGGCGAAGGACUCGGCGGGCGGGUUGAUCUGCCUGACGAUGACGCCAAGCUCGUCGAACGGCGUCCCGGUGCUGGGUAGCUGGGCGCUGCUGGACACGCUCGUGCUCUACGACCUCGCCAAGAAUGUCGUCUCGUUCCAGCCGCUCGACUGCGCGGCCUUUCUCGCCGCCACAGGAUAA